UCGGCUUUUCAUUAGAAGAAGAAAGUGGCGUCUCAGACAAAAUACCGAAGUACUACUCUAGUGUUCUUUUAGGGUCGUUGAACUCCCGCAAUGAAAAUAUUAGAACUACAUUAUGUAUUAAUUUGUGUUACAAUUGAGUGGAUUUUUUUUUUUAAAAAGCAGAACAGACAUGGUUUGUUUUAUCUUAGCUAAAACCUGGGUGGUUUUCAUAACGUAACAGAGUGAUAGUGUGUACUGUACCUUACUCUCACAUGCGAUCAUAGUUUUCUUGAGUUGUUUGAAACAUUGUGCUGUCCUUCGGCUUAUUCUACGAUGUUUGCCAGAAAUUUUGUCAAACUAUGUCGUUGUGACUUCAAAAACAUCUCUUGUUCUGGACAGAUCGUGCCUUCAGCUGCAGCAAGAUUGCAGCACAAUGAUGCACAGAAACUCGGUCAUUCCGCCCCCUCCUCUCGUCCCGAGACGUCCAAGGCAAAGACCCUGAUGGACAUUGGGACUCGCCGAAUCUUCAAUGAGGACCAUGACCUCUUCAGGCAGAGUGUGCGGCGCUUCUUCCAGGAGGAGGUAGUGCCACAUCACACGGAAUGGGAGAAGGCAGGCCAGGUGAGCAGAGAAGUGUGGGAACAAGCUGGUGAGCAAGGCCUGCUGGGAGUUAUGACACCAGAGGAUUGCGGCGGCAUUGGGGGCGAUCUGUUCUCAUCAGCAAUCACAUGGGAGGAACAAAUGUACUCAAACUGUUCAGGACCAGGUUUUGCGCUUCACUCUGACAUUGUCAUGCCCUACAUAAUCAACUACGGCACCAAGGCACAGAUUGAACACUUCAUUCCUAAAAUGACUGCUGGAAAAUGCAUCUGUGCCGUUGCCAUGACUGAGCCAGGAGCAGGCAGUGACAUUCAAGGUGUGCGGACAUACGCCAAGCGUGAUGGCAGCGAUUGGAUCCUGAAUGGCAACAAGGUGUUCAUCAGCAACGGCUGGAUGGCCGACCUGGUGGUGGUGGUGGCCGUGACCGACCGUGAGGCUAAGACAGCAGCCCAUGGUAUCAGUCUCUUCCUGGUGGAGGAUGGCAUGAGAGGCUUCCACAAAGGACGCAAGCUGGAAAAGAUUGGGCUUAAGGCACAGGACACAGCUGAACUUUUCUUUGAGGAUGUUCGUCUCCCAGCGGAUUCGCUGUUGGGCGAGCUUAACAAAGGUUUCUACUACUUGAUGAAUGAGCUGCCGCAGGAGCGUCUGGUGAUCGCCGACAUGGCCAUCUCGAGCUGCGAGUUCAUGUUUGAGGAAACCAGGAGCUACGUGUUGCAGAGGAAAGCAUUCGGAAAGACAAUCGCUCACCUGCAGACCGUGCAGCACAAACUGGCAGAGCUAAAGACGGAAAUUUGCGUGGGCCGUGCGUUCAUUGACAGUUGCCUGCAGCUCCAUAGCGAGAAACGCCUUGACCCCUCCACUGCUUCCAUGGCCAAGUACUGGGCAUCUGACCUGCAGAACAAGGUAGCCACGCAAUGCCUACAACUCCACGGUGGCUGGGGCUACAUGUGGGAGUACCCCAUUGCUAAGGCCUUUGUGGACUCUCGUAUUCAGCCAAUCUAUGGAGGAACAAAUGAAAUCAUGAAAGAGCUCAUUGCGCGGAGCAUCGUCAGCCAGAAAUGAGAUACCCUCUCAAUCUGAUAAGGUGGCAUUUUUAUUUUAUGCCGAAACAUAAAAUAAUAGAAUACUGUGAACUGAUACAGAAUCCUCAGAGAGCAGAACAGGUCACAUUGUUUUUUUUUCCUCAUCUUGGCAAUGUAAUCUCAUUAAGACAAUUUGUUGGACUUGUACUUCUGACUAACUUCAGAUUUCUAUACCUUACAAUUGUUUGUCUUUUCAUGAUGGAUUUGACAAAAAAAGCAGGUAAUGCCAUUUUAAUAUUGAAUAUUUAUAGAUUAAUAUUGAAUUCAUGUCUCCAUUGACAGCUGUUGAAUUCAAUUAUCCAUGUUAACAUGGAGAACAGGGAGUGAAUUGGUUAAUCACGACCACUGACAAUUAAACAAAUAAAAUCUACAUUUUAAUUCAAGGCUGGAACUGAAUGAGUUUUUAAUAAAAUAUCCAAGCUCUGAAAUGUAAUUUUUCUGUCAUUUAUUUUAAUCUUGACUACAGUUAAUUACUAAUACAGUACUAUAAGUAGUAAGAAAAAAGAUUAAUAGAAAGAAACGGAGAUUUUAAAAUGCAUUUAUAAUUGAUAACUCCUAGCCCUCUUAACUUUAGGGGACUUGAUUUACUGUAUGUGGUGGUGAGAU